AUGCAGAAAUAUAAAUCAAUAAAGACUUGGGAAAGACUAAAUAAGGUAAAGACACCAAAUCCAAAAUAUGAAUAUGAUAAUUUGAAAGAAAUAGAUGAUAAAUUCAAGUAAUUUGAGGAAAAUAAUGAUCCUGAGUUUAAUAGUCCAACAUCUUUAUUUGGAACAAUUUUGAUAUAAACAGCAGUACAAGGACUAUAAAUGACAAAUCUAUUACAACAUUAAAGUUAACCAUUAAAUAGAGUGAGUUAAAGGUUUUAUUAUUUUUUUAUUUUUUAGUAUUUUGAAGGCAUUUGACAUUAAUCCUACUAACUUAAAUUAGUUAAAAACUAUGCAAGAGAGACAGUAAUUAAUCCUAAUUAAGCAAGCGAAUACAUAAAGAACCAAAUGAAUAGUACAAUUGAUACUUUAUUGAAAAAUUGGUCAGAUAAGAUUUUUAUGAAAGAACAAAAGUGUAAAGAAAUCGAUUUAUAAAUGAAAAAAGAGAAAUAAAAUAACUAAACCAAAAGACAUUUCAAAUGGUUGUAAUUAAAAACAAAAUAUGAAGAAUUGAAAAAUAAGUUACGAUAAAUUGUAGUAGAUAAAUUAAAUGAUUAUGAGAAUUAAUAAUUAGCACUAAAAUCUUAAAAUAAGCCUUUAAUGCUUAAAAAUGUCUAAGUUAUUACAACUCGAAAUAUAUUUGAGAAUAUGGAAAAGUAUGGUCAUUCUAAUGAGUUUCACUUUUUAAAAUCUUUAGGUUAAGAUAGAUUAAAAUAAAUAAAAGAGAAACAGAAUAAAUAAUUAAACUAAUAAUAAGAUGAAACUAAUUAGGAAGAUAAUACAAAACAUUCUCAAUAUGAAGUUUUAUGGAAUAAUUAAUAAGAGUAGAUCUUUACAAAAUAAAGAAGCUAAACAAAAUAAUUAUUUACGUAUUAUUUCUUUUUUAUAUAGAAAUGAAAUUGCAUGUUCUAAUUGGAAUGAUUUAGGAUUUCUACCAAUUUUACAAUAAAUGACUUUAACAGAAAAAAAGAAAUAAUAAAGAGAACAUAUUCUGAAUAAAUAUACAGAUGGUGAAUUCUUAACAGCCUAAGAAUUAUAAUUUUUGGCUAAUACAAGUGAAUUAUUGAAUGCUUGUUUAGAUAGAGAUUUCUUUUAAAAAGCUGCUAAUUAAGUAAAUCCAGAUUUACUUUUUAAUAUGGAAUUAUCUUUAGCUGAAUAAAUAUUAAAAGAUUAUGAAGAAAUGAAAACAGCAACAAUGAAAGCUAGAUUAUAGUACAUAAGAGUAAAGAUUUAAAAGACUAAAGAGAAAUUGGCCAAAAGAGAAUAAAUUUUAUUAAAACAAUCAAUAGAUGCAUAUAAUAUGGAAUUGAAUAGAAAAUACAUAAAAGUAUGUAAAACUGUAGUAAAACAUAUGGAAAGAACUGGUAAAUUUGAAGAGAAAAUACCAAGUGAAAUUCCAGGAGCAACUCAACUUAAAGAUUAUUUAAUGGGAAAGAUUACUGAAAAGUAGUUCAUUAAUAAAUUAUAUGAUUAUGUUGUUGAAAAGGAAAGAAGGAAAUAAUAUAUAGAUUUAAAUGAUGAUGAUAAUUAAUUCAAUUUUUCUUCUCAAUAGUAAUUUACAAGUUAAAAAUAAAUUUAACCUUAAAGUCCAAGAGUAUCUUCGGUUAAAAAUAAAAGGUAAGAGUAUUUAAAAGUUAUGGCUCGACCUAAAAGUACAAUAGGUGUUUAAUUUACUCAGAAUAUUAAAAGACAUUUAUUUCAUCCUUCUACCAAAUUAUUAAUUGAUAAAAAGUUAGAAGCUGAAGAAAAUGAAUUAGCUUAUAUAAAUCCUAUAUCUGCUUAAUAUAAUAAAUAUGAAUAAGAAAAGUUUAAACUUGGAUUGAAAAGUCAUCCUGCUUUAAGAUAGAGAAAGAAUUUUAAAAAGUUUUAUUCAGGAGGUCCUCCUACUUAACCAGAAUUAGAACAUUGGAAAAGUCCUAAUUAUUAACCUACUUAAAAAGAAAUAAGGGCUGCAAUAGUCAUUUAAAGAAAAUUAAGAUCUUUAUUUAGAGAGAAGAAACUCAGAUAAAAAUUAGAAGAAAGAAGAAAACAAAUUUAUUAUUUAUUUAAAGAUAAUUGUGAAAAUAUGGUACAUCAAAUAGAAAUGGGAUAGGAUUAGUAAGUGUCCUUUUUUUAUCUUAAUAAAUAGUUAGAAAGAUGUAAAGUAAUUGCUAAAGAUUAAAUAAACUUUGGAAAUAUUAGAACAGAUGAAAAUAGUCGUAAAAACAUUGAAAAAAGAAGUUUUAAUUUAAGCACAGGAACUUCAACUCCAACUCCUAAAACAUUUAAAAGUUUAAGAUUACCUUUGCCUUAAAAUAAAGUUAAAGUUGAUUUGCUUUUUGAAGCAGUUCAUAAAAAUAGAAUUAUGAUGAUGAAACAAUCUCAUUUUGUAUAUUCUGCAAAUGAUGUAAAUUCUUAAAAUUAUGAUGGUAUUACUCCAUUACAUAUAGCAGUUUUAAAAGGAAAUUAAGAUUUUGUAGAAUGGUUAAAUUUUAUUUAAUUUUAUUAGGUUACUUAUUAAUGGAGCUGAUCCUUAUAUAAUGGAUUAACAAAAUAUCACUCCACUUGAUAUGGCAAGACAUUAUAAUAAAACUAAGGUAAUAUAAAAUUUAAUUAAUUAUAUAGAUUAUCAGACUUUUUGAAUAAUAUAAAAAAAUUUGA